AUGGCUCUACCCUCCGCUCGUUCCGCUUUGGCAGCUUUUUCAAGACCUACCAUCUCGAAUGCUGUCGCAUCGUCUUCCCGGUACUUAACCACAACCACACCCCGACUCGCUUCACCACCAGCGACGACAUCAGACGAUGCUGAAACAGGAUUACCCGUACCAUUCCCCAAAAUCAACAAAUACCUCUCAUUUCCUCCAGUGACUCCUCACAAACCCACUCACGGUGUUCACGUAGCAACGCUUCAUCUCCAGUCGUAUCACCCAUACAACUUGGACCUCACCACACAGUUCGCAGUCCACGCAGCCCAUUCUCUGAAUAUCCCUACAACCCUGCCCGCCUUUUUACCCAGAGAAAGAAGUCUAUACACCGUAUUGAAAUCACCAUUUGUAAAGAAGAAGGCCCAGGAAAACUUCGAGCGCAGGACACACAAACGAGCUAUCAAAGUAUACGAUUCAAGCAAAGAAGCGGUCGAUCUAUGGUUAAGAUACCUACGUCAAAAUGGUUUGCCUGGCGUAGGGAUGAAAGCUUAUGUUCACGAAUAUGUGGAAUUAGGUUUUGGAAAGAAGGAGCAACAAGAGAGCGACAGCAACCAAGUCCUCAACGAGAAGAAAAUCCAAGAUGCUGCUCAAGAUCUGGUGAAAGCAUUAUCGAGUGAAGGCGAAGUGCAAGCUAUCCCAGCGGGAAAAGAUGCUGAACAAGCUGUAGACGAGGUGGUAAAAGAGGAAAAGAAAUAG